AUGGCCGCUGCCGAUUCAAGCUCGACGCCGGCUAACAAGCCAUUCGACAUUGUUGCAACAUACAAUGACCUGCUUCGCUCCGACCCGGACCUGACGAUGCCAAUCGCGGCCAUCGAAGCGUUGGUUCUGCUCCUCACACACUCGCCCUCAUCCACGAUAUCAGAGACGCUCGACCUGCUGGAAAAAUCCACCGCGCACCUCAAGAAAUCCAUCCCCAACCCCAUUGGACUGUCCGCCGGAACCGACCUGUUCCAACGAUACCUGAUCACCACCCUCCAAAGACCGGGCCAGCUCGGACCCGCGGGCGACUUCAACGCCAUCCGCGCUCAUCUCCUUUCGAACGGCCGGCUGUUCAUCCGACGCGCGAAGGAGAGCCGAGACAAGAUCGCCGGGUUCGGUCGAGGCUUUGUGCGCGAUGGCAGCACGGUGUUGACGAACGGCGGAUCGCGAGUCGUGGCCUCGCUCCUGCAGCAAGCUGCCGACGACAAGGGCGGGCCGUCCGCCGUUCGGUUCCGCGUGAUCUACGUGCUCUCUGACGCGGCGGAACCCGAGGGCAUGGAGACGGUGCGGGCGUUGCGGGAAAAGGGCGUGCCUGUCUCUACGAUCCCCGAGUCGGCCGUCGCGUAUUCGCUAGGGAAGACCGACACUGUCAUCGUGGGUGCGGAGGGUGUGGUCGAGAACGGCGGCAUCGUGUCGCGCAUGGGAACGUAUCAGAUCGGUCUCCUGGCCAAGGCCAUGGGGAAGCCCUUCUACGUCGUGGCGGAGAGCCACAAAUUCGUCCGGCUCUAUCCCCUGGGACAAUAUGACCUGCCUAUUGAUCAACACGUGAUCGACUUCAAGACCGAAGAGGAGAUCACCGACGGCGACAAGCAGCAACUGGCGCACAGCUCCGAAGUGGUCGACUACACACCGCCUCAUCUGAUCUCUGCGUUGAUUACCGACAGUGGCGUUCUGACUCCCAGUGCCGUUAGUGAAGAGCUCAUCAAAAUCUGGUUUUAA